AUUCAUUCCAAACGCGUGAAUUCGUCCUCCGGACGCACUAGAGUUUGACAGUAGAUGCUUCUUGGGACGAGGACAGCAUCUGCUUCAACUAGCUCUUCGCCACAUUUAUGGACGCCUCCAACCCUCAUUUCAACACGCCGACGAUGCUAAGCUUGCGGAGCGGCGUCGUCCGUGUUCCGACGUACAAUCCCAAGAUGGAUCUCUUGGGUAUGCCCGUGCUAGACUCCUGCAAAGUUCCUAGCUUGGACCUGGUAGGCCAGGAUGCAGCCAAAU